CAAGUUUCGGCUCUCUCGCUCUAUCUAUCUAUCUAUCUAUCUAUCUAUCUAUCAUCUCUCGAUUUGGGGGAAGUAGUUCCGUUACGGUGGACACCAGUAGUACGUUCUCGUCGCCGUUGGUGAACGGAGUCGGAAUUAACUCUCUCUCUCUCUCCCUUUCGGGUGUUGUUGAGAUUCACAUGGUGGUGUUGAUUUUGAGCUAGUGGCUGUUGUUGUUACGCUUUCCGAUUUUUUUCCAGUUUUUCUUCUUUCUUGAAUUUUGCAAAGUUACGAAGGAGAGAGAGAGAGAGAUCGAUUUAGCUUCGAUUUCUUUUAUAUACUCCGUGGAGAUAUUCGAAUUUGGUUGAAUCUUCUCUCAUGCUGAGGUGUUUUGUACACUUGUUAUCAAGAAGAACCCAGUUUUGGUUCUGAUCAUCGUUGUUGGUUGGAUACAAAUUCACUUUCAGCCAUGCCUUCACUCCAACUAUUGCAGUUAACUGAGCGCGGUCGGGGUCUUGUAGCGUCAAGACGGAAAUCUAUACUGCUUGCGGCUGGGAUUGUUGCUGCUGGUGGAGCUGCUGUUUACCUGAAAUCAAGGGUCAGCUCUCGAAAGCCUGAUUCUUCGCGUCAUUGUAAUGGUCAGAGUGAUGAUGAUGAGGCAUUGGAAAAGCUGACAGGGAAUGAUAAAAAUGCAAAGAUAACCACGAAAAAGAAGAAAGUGGGAGGAUUAAAGUCUCUUCAGGUUCUGACUGCUAUUCUUCUGUCUCAGAUGGGAAAAAUGGGUGCCAGGGACCUUUUGGCACUAGUUGCCACAGUGGUUUUCAGAACUGCUUUAAGCAAUAGAUUGGCGAAAGUACAAGGUUUCCUUUUCCGUGCUGCUUUCUUAAGGCGUGCGCCACUGUUUCUACGUCUUAUCUCCGAGAAUAUUAUGUUGUGUUUCAUGCUAUCGACGAUGCACUCUACUUCAAAGUACAUAACUGGGGCCUUGAGUUUGCGAUUCAGAAAAAUAUUGACGAAGCUAAUUCAUUCACAUUAUUUUGAGAAUAUGGUGUAUUACAAAAUAUCACAUGUGGAUGGUCGGAUUACGCACCCGGAGCAACGGAUUGCCAGCGAUGUACCAAGAUUCUCCUCAGAGUUGAGCGAACUUAUACAGGAUGAUUUGACGGCGGUUACUGAUGGAAUUGUGUAUGCAUGGCGCCUGUGUUCAUAUGCUAGUCCAAAAUACAUCUUCUGGAUAUUGGCCUAUGUACUGGGUGCCGGGACGGCAAUAAGGAACUUUUCUCCUUCUUUUGGGAAAUUGAUGUCCAAAGAACAGCAGUUGGAAGGGGAGUACCGGAAACUUCAUUCACGCUUAAGGACUCAUUCGGAAAGCAUAGCAUUCUAUGGUGGGGAAUCCAGGGAAGAAUCGCAUAUACAACAAAAGUUCAAGACUCUUGUUAGCCAUAUGAGUCAUGUGCUUCAUGAUCACUGGUGGUUUGGCAUGAUCCAAGAUUUCCUGCUGAAGUAUCUUGGUGCUACAGUUGCAGUUAUUCUGAUUAUCGAACCAUUCUUCUCUGGGCAUCUAAGACCUGACGACUCGACCCUAGGAAGAGCUGAGAUGCUAAGCAAUAUAAGAUAUCACACCAGUGUCAUUAUAUCUCUCUUUCAGGCGCUAGGAACACUUUCUAUAAGCUCCAGACGGCUCAACCGACUCAGUGGUUAUGCUGACCGAAUCCAUGAGUUGAUGGCUGUCUCGAGAGAACUCAGUGGUGAUGAGAAAUCCUCUUUCCAGAGAAAUAGAAGCAGAAAUUACCUAAGUGAAGCUAACUAUGUUGAGUUUUCCGGUGUCAAGGUUGUUACUCCAACGGGAAAUGUUUUGGUGGAGGAUCUCACCCUUCGAGUUGAGCAAGGGUCUAAUCUUCUGAUUACAGGUAACUCAUAGUAUGAGUGUAUGACUAUCAA